GAUAAAUAGGCAAUACAAUUAUUAUUUUUUAAAUGUAUUUCAUCAUCAUUUGUUUUUUCCUUUCACAAUAACGCGUGAGACUGCCUCCCCUGACCGCACGUCCCUGGUGCGCUGCGUUCGCACACCUUCAACCCGGAGUGCUACUGACGUUACAGCCCUCUCUUUUCAGACUGAAUGCUGUCUGCUGCUCUCAUAGCUCUGCUGCUUGUGUGUACACUGUGCGCGUGCCCGCCGGGGUAAGUUCCAACAGCAGCGUAACGCCAAUAAACAGCUCUAUGCUCUUUACUUUUCUCUCUUUGUUUAAAGUCGAAUCGGUGGUGGAUAAAGUAUUCAGGGAAGCCUCGGAAACCCGGGUCGAUGAGUAGCAAAUCACCACUAAAUCCCCACAAUGUCUCUCGGAGUUGUUUACUCCGGCUCUCUUGUAACUCCAGAAAAAGAGACGAGGAACAUCAACGCAUGUGACGUUACAUACACAGAGAAUGGGUGUGCCUAAAGUCAGACUGUGAAAGGUGAAACAUCAGGGAACUGCAUGACCGUGGGGGCGGAGCCUGGGGUUAGUGGCAGAGCCAGAUGAUAGAGUAGGAGAGGAGGGGACGUCAUGUUGAGGAAACGAAACCUAAGGUUUAUAGAACCGAAAGACAUCCGACGUGGAAGCAAUCCUCUCGUUCGGGAGAAAAAUAACAGGCAUUUUGGAGCAAAUAGUCUGACAGACAGAAACCACAACGAGGAUGGCCUCUGCUAAGACUUGCUGGUCUGAAGAGAACUUUUCAUGUUCCAUCUGUCUGGAUGUGUUCAGCAGUCCAGUUACCACACCAUGUGGACACAACUUCUGCAGAACCUGUAUUAAUAAGUUCUGGGAUGAAGAAGUCUGGUACGAAUGUCCUGUUUGCAACAAGCUUUUCCACAAAAGACCUGAUCUACGUGUCAAUACCCUCUUAUCAGAGCUGGCCGCUCAGUUUAGAACAAAUGUAGAAGUAAAAGAGCAGCCUUGUGUUGAACCAGCAGAAGUUCCCUGUGACGUCUGUACUGGGACCCAGCUGAAGGCCGUGAAGUCCUGCCUGGUGUGUUUGGUCUCCUACUGCCAAACCCACCUGGAGCCACAUCAGAGAGUCACAGUCAUGAAGAAACAUCGGCUGGUCGAGCCAAUGGACCGUCUGGAAGACAGGGUGUGUAAGAAACACGACAGACUUCUGGAGCUCUUCUGCAAGACUGAAGAGGUGUGUGUGUGUCAGUCCUGCACAGAGGGUGACCACAGGUCCCAUCCUGUUGUACCUCUAAAGGAGGAAUAUGAAGUGAAGAUGGCCCAGCUGGGGAAGAUAGAGGCUGAAGUUCAGCAGAUGAUCCAGGAGAGACAAAAUAAUAUUCAGGAGAUUAAAGACACAGUUAAACGCAGCAAAGCAGAUGCAGACAGAGAGAUAGCCGAUGGUGUGCAGGUCCUCACUGCUCUGAUGCGCUGCAUUGAAAAGUGCCAGGAUGAUCUCAACCAAAUGGUUAAAGAGAGACUGAAAUCCACAGAGAAACAAGCUGAAGACCUCAUCAAAGAGCUGGAGCAGGAAAUAGAAGAUCUGACCAAUAGAAGCUCAGAGGUGAAGCAGCUCUCAUACACUAAAGACCACCUCCACUUCCUCCAGGCCUUCAGAUCCCUGAAGGAUCCUCCACCCACCAGGGACCGGACGACGGUGGAGGUCCGUCCUCCGUCAUACAUAGGGACCUUGAGGAGCUCCCUGGAUCAGCUGGAGGAGACACUGAACAUGGAGAUGAAGAAGAUGCGUGAUGUUGAACUGAAGAGGGUCCAGCAGUAUGAAGUAGAUGUGACUCUGGAUCCUGAUACAGCUCAUCCCAGGCUCAUCCUGUCUGGGGAUGGGAAACAAGUACAUGAUGGAGGUGUAGCGAAGGAACUCCCAGACAACCCUAAGAGAUUUACAUAUUAUAUAUGUGUGCUUACGAGGCAGAGCUUCUCCUCAGGGAGAUUUUACUUUGAGGUCCAGGUUGAAGACAAGACUGUAUGGUAUAUAGGAGUGGCCAGAGAGUCCAUCAACAGAAAAGGUUUUACCCCUCGGACCCCUGAGACGGGCUACUGCACUCUCUACUACGACAAGGAUGGGUUGGUAUUUAAAGGUAACCCUGAUAUCUGUCUCCCUCUGAGAUAUGAGCUCCAGAAGGUGGGGGUGUUUGUUGAUUAUGAUGAGGGUCUGGUCUCCUUCUAUGAUGUGGAAGCCAGGGUUCAUCUCUACUCUGCUACCGGCUGCACCUUUAGAGACCCUCUCUAUCCAUUCCUCUCUACGGGGUUCCCUUGGGCUGUUCAGAACUCUGCCCCAUUGAUCAUCUCACCUGUCAAUUAACAGACUAGGACAUUUGUUUGAUGAUCAAAUAACCAAACAACCCACAAAUGUUGUUUUCUGAAUAAGAAUACCAUGUGAGAUCUGAGAGAACUGCAUUUGUAUCGCACUAUUUAAUGUCAUUCAUCAAGUAUAAAUACAAUAUGCCAUUAAUACUUUGUACUAUAAAUAAUCCAACCUAUUUUAGCUGGUAAAACGACACUAUCAUGUUCAAUGUCUUUUUUCCUGAAGGUUUUUUUGUUCAUUUGAAGAUAUACAAUUGGGAUUGUAGAAAAUGUUUAAAAUGUGAAUUAUUAACUUUGCUAACAUUAUAGAUUAUAGAUAUUUUUUAACCAAAUACUUGUAUCGUUUAUUAUUUUGAAUCAUGUUUGACAACACAAUACAUUAUUUGUUCUGUUUAAAAUUUUAAUAAAAAGUAGAAUGUG